CUUCCAAAAACCUAACCCUAGCAGCACCAUCUGAUUUGGUCACUGCUUGGUUCGAUUUCUUCUUUGGUUUUUUGGAAGAUGUCGAAUUUUUACAAGGGAGAUUACAGUCAGAAGAUCGACUACGUGUUCAAGGUGGUGUUGAUCGGAGACUCUGCGGUGGGAAAAUCGCAGCUCUUGGCGCGGUUUGCUCGGAACGAAUUUAAUUUGGACUCCAAAGCUACGAUUGGGGUUGAAUUCCAGACCAAAACGCUUGUUAUAGAUCACAAGACCGUGAAGGCCCAGAUUUGGGACACUGCUGGGCAGGAAAGAUAUCGAGCAGUGACAAGUGCUUACUACAGAGGAGCUGUGGGGGCAAUGCUGGUCUAUGACAUAACCAAGCGUCAAUCAUUUGAUCAUGUGGCAAGGUGGUUACAGGAAUUGCGAGGCCAUGCUGACAAAAAUAUUGUCAUCAUGCUAGUAGGCAACAAGUCUGACCUGGGGACCCUUCAAGCUGUACCCACUGAGGAUGCAAAAGAGUUUGCUGAGAGAGAGAACCUCUUCUUUAUGGAGACAUCUGCUCUUGAAGCUACCAAUGUUGAAACUGCAUUCCUUUCAGUACUCACGGAGAUUUAUCGAAUCAUCAGCAAGAAGACUCUUGUCGCCAAUGAAGAAGUGGAAUCUGGAGGCAAUUCAUCACUUCUCAAGGGAACCAAGAUUAUUGUCCCUGGAAAGGAGCCCAAAUCUGAAGGCAGUAAAUACAACUGUUGCUUGUCUUCAUAGAACUACUUCCCUUUUGUCAAGUGACAAGUUGAUUGCUGCUGUUUAUAGUUUUGGAGAUGAUGACAUGGCACUCCUGGCAUAUCAGCUAAACAUUUGCUCCUUUUGCAAGGAGCUGUUUAGUGUUGCCAAUUCACUGGCAUAUAGAUUUUGGAGAACUCAAACUUACAGUAUUGUUAUUAAUUUCAUGUGAUAUUAUGUGUUUUUAAACCAAAAGGGCCAAA